AUGGCUGACGCAAAGAGCGUGACUGAGCAAGUCGAGGAUUUUGAACUUGAGAAUGCAAAACAACAUCAAGAGGAGGAGACUCCACGCCCGCCAUGCCUCCAGGGACUGUCCGGAGACGAGUUGAAGAAGCUGGGUGUCAAGACCACGCUGAAGCUCGACUUGAUCGUCAUGCCUGCUAUGACAAUCAUGUACAUUCUCAACUAUCUUGACCGACAGAACAUAGCUGCGUCGAAGCUGGCCAACAUCAUGGUAGACCUGGACAUGACAGUCACGCAAUACAACACUUGCGUCUCUGUCCUCUUCGCUGGAUACAUCUUGAUGCAGGUACCAUCGAACCUUCUCGUCAGCAAGAUCAAGUACCCCGGCAUAUACAUCUGUGCAGCCGUGGCUCUCUGGGGCGCCGUGUCUGCAUGCACUGCUGCGGUCAACAGCUUCGGGAGCCUUGUGGCAUGUCGCUUCCUCUUGGGUUUUGUGGAAGCUGUAUUCUUUCCCGGAGCAUUCUUCUACUUGAGUAUGUUUUACAAUCGAAGACAGAUUGCAUUCAGGACGGCAAUCCUUUACAGUGGUAGCCAGUUGGGCAAUGCUUUUGGCACGUUGUUUGCCAUUGGCAUCUUGGAGCUGGACGGAGCCCAUGGCUUGGAGGGUUGGAGAUGGUUGUUCCUGAUCGAAGGCGUGUUGACUGUUGGUCUUGCUAUCAUCUUCGCAUUCUACCUCCCGAACUCGCCAAGGAGCAUCAUGGGGUUCAAUGAGGUCGAACACGAAUGGCUUCGCUGGAACUACGAGAGCGACCAAAAGCAGCAAGACGACUCUCACGAGAUCACAGCCAAGCAAGGCUUCAUGAUGGCUGUGACAGACCCCAAGACGUGGCUCAUGAUGGGAACACUGUACGCCACAUACACAGCAGCCGCUGUCAACAACUUCUUCCCGACAGUUGUUGGUGGUCUGGGCUUCUCUAGGAAUGCCUCGUACGGUUUGACGGCACCACCAUUCGUGCUCUGCGUCAUCUGCAUGCUCAUCGUUGGCUUCGACAGUGAUAAGAGAAAAGAGCGUUACUUGCACAUCGCCCUCCCACUCACCAUCACGGUUGUUGCCAACAUCAUCGCAGUCUCAACCGUCAACGUCGCGGCUCGCUACGUUGCGAUGAUGUUGAUGCCCGCUUCAUUCUACUCAUCAUCUAUCGUCCAGCUAUCUUGGAUAUCCGGCAGCCUGUCACAACCAGCAGUCAAGCGCGCCGCAUCCAUCGCGCUGAUCAACUGCAUUUGCAACACUCCAAACAUCUGGACAUCUUACUUGUACUAUGACUCUCCGAGAUACGUCGCGGCCUUCGGCGUCAAUCUUGGAGCAGCAGUGGUUGCCAUUGGCUUUGCAACCGCGACAUUCGUCUAUCUUAGGGGUCAGAACAGGAAGAUGGAUCAAGGGCGAGCUUUGGGAAAGAGCGGUCCGACGGCAGUACAGCAAGCGGCCGGCUUCCGCUAUUUGUUGUAG